AUGGCAUCCAUGACCUUAUGGCUCACAGCGUUGGCUGCAGCCUCAACGACAGCAUCGCCCCUGUUGUCAGCUAAACUUAAUACUUGCGUCUUCGACGCAGAUGUCGACUUACAAGGCGUCACUCCCGCAGUCAGGUCACUUUUCCUGCCCGGCUCAGUCGCCACACCACACAACUCGACAUCGAGAUGCAAAGUGUACCCGGACGACCCACAAUGGCCAUCCGACGAAGCCUGGUCCAAACUUAACGAACUGACUGGCGACCGCGUUCUCAACGCGCCUACUCCUCUGGCUGCGGUUUGCUACCCUGGCGCCGACUAUGAUGGUGCAAAGUGCUCAGAAUACACUCUGGCAGCAUGGCAAAGGAGUUAUCUUCACAUGGUCGACCCCAUCGAGAUGAUGUCUCCAGUCGCACAAGGCAUGACCUGCACACCACCGAUGCUCUUCGACUCGCACGGGUGCACUCGCGGUGGAUACCCAAUGUAUGUCGUCAAUGCCACGGAGCCCAAGCACGUCCAGCUUGCUGUGAACUUUGCAAGGAACACUGGCGUUAGACUCGUCAUCAAGAACACUGGCCAUGACUUUUUGGGCAAGAGCGGCGGCAAAGACGCCCUUAGCAUCUGGACGCACAACAUGAAGGAUAUUGAAUACAUCGAGAAUUAUGUCGACGAGAAGCUCAACUACUCCGGUCCUGCCUUCAAGAACGGUGUCGGUGUUCAAGCCUUUGAGAUCUACAAGGCUGCCGCUGAGAAGGGCAGAGUCGUCGUUGGUGGCGAAGGCGAGACAGUCGGAGUCAUGGGUGGCUACAUCCAGGGUGGAGGUCACUCGCCUCUGACUGGACUCUAUGGUACUGGCGCUGACAGUGUUCUGUCCAUGGAAGUCGUCAGGGCUGAUGGCGAGUUCGUCGUCGCCAACUCCACCUCCAACACCGAUCUUUUCUGGGCUCUUCGCGGUGGAGGUGGCAGCACAUUCGGUGUCGUCACCUCUGUCACUGUCAAGGCGCACCCUGACUUGGAGGUUACCACCUCUCGAUUCGGAUUCUCAUCCGUGGACACUGGCAACGAGACCUUUUGGGCUGCGAUGCGCGCCUAUGUCGACUCCUGGAUCGACAACGCGGACGCAGGCACAUACACAUACUGGACCCUGAUUCCCAAGAACGGCACUUUCGCCUUCGCCUUUUCUCCCUUCUUCGCACCAGGCAAGUCUGAAGCGGAGGCCACUGCUCUCCUGCAGCCUUUCCUCACCAAGCUCACCGACCUGGGCAUUAAGUUCGAUCCCAACAUCACCCACUUUGACAACUUCUACGAUGCAUGGAAAGCUUCCUUCCCACUCGAACUAGUCCAGAAGGUCAACUACGCAACUGGAUCGCGUCUCUUCCCCCGCGCGAACUUCGAGACGGCUGAGAAGCGUCAGGAGGUGUACGAACACAUCCGUGCGUCGAGCGAGAACAACCGCGUGCAAGUGCACUUCAACAUGCAGGCCAAAGACCCCUUCAACACAGACAACGCCGUCAACUCGCACUGGCGUCCCAUGAUCUCGCUCAGCAUGCAGUCCGUGCGCUGGCCAACCAACAGCACCGCCGAAGAGGCCAUGAAGAUCCGCAGAGACUUCCAGGCAGGUGACAUGCAGGCCUGGAGAGACAUUAGCCCCGGUGCUGGAUCCUACCUCGCCGAGGCCGACCGUCUCGAGCCAAACUUUGGCGACGCCUUCUACGGUACCAAGUACCCUAAGCUCCUUGAAUUGAAGGCUAAGCUCGACCCGUAUGAUGUCUUCUUUGCCUCUACCGGUGUGGGUUCCGAGAGGUGGAAGGUGGAGAGUGUGGAUGGAAUGCCCAAUGAGAAUGGAAAGCUGUGCCGUGUGUAA